AAAAUGAGAUUAAAAAUUAUUUUAUUUUUAUUUAUUAAUUAUUUAAAUAAAUAUAAUAAUGCUCAAGAAGGUGCUUUUAGAAAGAAUUACAUUGUAGAGAAAAAUCAGACUUGGAAUGGACAUUUUUAUAUUUUACGUGAUGAACAACCCUUCUUUAGAGUUUUCCAUGAAACACAUAGAAAGGCUGACAGGCCGCCAGACUAUAUACCAACAUCUAUGAAAACACCUAUGAAUAAAGUAUUCCGUGAUAAUCCAAAUGCGGGUAGAAUGUCUAACGAACCUCCCUCAAUAGAUGCUCAAUUAAUGGAAGAACACGGAAGUGAUCAACGUUUGAGAGAGGCUGCUCAAUUUUGGCAUGAACAUAAUCAAAAAUUAAUACAUAAUCAAACAAAUAAUCAACAACAAAAACAUUUAGAACACAAUUAUCCUUUUCAAAGACGAGUUAAACGUGCAGAAAAAUCACAAAAUAAUAAUUUAAUAAAAGAUGAUUCAAAAACUUUAAAUGAAUUAGAAAUAUUAACAAAAUCAUUAAAUUCCCAACAAAGAAAAUGGAUGAAAGCCGCGUUAAAUGAAAUAAUGAAGGAAGGAGGGGGAGGGGAAGGAGAACAAAAUAAUGAAGAUAAUAUACAGGAUAAUUCUAUGGUUUUAACUGUUAUUGAAAGAAAUCAAAAUAAAUCCGAAGCUAAAUUUGGCCAUCACCACCUACCCGCUGGCGAACAAAAAGAUUCGGCUACAUGGCCGUGGCAACUUUGGCCUUUUAUGCAUUGUUUAACUUUAGAAUGUAUUUGCCCUUUAUUUAGAGGAGACGUUUCUGGCAAUCAAUGUAUUUUACCUAAUGGAAAACCUUUACAAAGAGCAAUUCGAAAAGAAUUUCGGACUCUUAAUUCUGAAGAAAUGGCUUUGUUUUUGGAGACUAUGAGAAGAUUUAAAAAGAGUGGUUAUUACUCUCGUUUGGGAAUGAUUCACCGAAGAUCAGGCGUCCAUUCAGGUCCUUCCUUCUUUCCGUGGCACAGAGAAUUUCUUAAAAGAUUAGAGAUUGUUUAUCGUUCUUUUCACCCUGAAAACACAGACCCAGUACUUGGACUUCCUUACUGGGACAGCUCUUUGGAUGGAGGACUUCCUGCACCGGAAGAUUCAAUUAUGUUUAGUGAUUAUUUGCUUGGUGAAGCUGACGAUUUUGGUUUUGUUACAAACGGGCUUUUUGCUAAUUGGACAACUAUGGAUGGCAGACAUUCAUUUCAACGAAUGUUUGGAGAUCAGGAAGAUGGUGAAUUUUUCAAUGAAGGCAGAAUUGAUUAUGUGCUUUCACAAACUAGUGUAGAUAAAGUUUUGACAUAUUCUUUACCUUUACAUACUUGUGUUAAUUAUGAAUUAGAUGACCGUUUUCUUGAAUAUUCACAUGAUUAUGUUCAUUAUUUUAUUAGUGGAGAUAUGCAGGAACGUUUUAGUUCAAGCAAUGAUCCUAUCUUCUUUAUGCAUCAUGGUCUUUAA